AUGAGCAGACAGUUGGUGCGGAGGAGACUGCGCCCAAAUGAUGUGCUGUGGAAUGGUGGAGACACAGAAAGAGAGGAGAAAAUUAGGUCCGAGCAUGAGUUAGCCCAACAAAAUUCACCAAAAAUCCAUGAAGGCUGGUGGGCUUAUAAAGAGGUGGUCCAGGGAAGCUUUGUUCCAGUUCCCUCCUUUUGGGGUUUGGUGAACUCGGCUUGGAAUCUUUGCUCUGUUGGGAAAAGACAGUCACCUGUCAAUAUAGAAACCAGCCAUAUGAUUUUUGAUCCCUUCUUAACUCCACUUCGCAUAAACACAGGGGGAAGAAAGGUCAGUGGGACGAUGUAUAACACAGGGAGACAUGUAUCUCUGCGAUUAGACAAAGAGCAUUUGGUCAACAUCUCCGGAGGACCGAUGACGUAUAGUCACCGCUUAGAGGAAAUCCGGUUACACUUUGGAAGCGAAGACAGCCAGGGAUCAGAGCACCUGCUCAAUGGACAGGCUUUCUCUGGGGAGGUUCAACUAAUCCACUAUAACCAUGAGCUGUACACAAAUGUCACAGAAGCUGCAAAGAGUCCUAAUGGGUUGGUGGUAGUUUCCAUAUUUAUGAAAGUAUCUGAAUCAUCAAAUCCAUUUCUAAAUCGUAUGCUUAACAGAGACACCAUAACGAGAAUAACAUAUAAAAAUGAUGCAUACUUACUACAGGGGCUUAAUAUUGAGGAACUUUAUCCAGAGACCUCUAGUUUCAUUACGUAUGAUGGGUCAAUGACAAUUCCACCCUGCUAUGAAACGGCAAGCUGGAUAAUAAUGAACAAACCUGUCUACAUAACAAGGAUGCAGAUGCAUUCUUUACGACUGCUAAGCCAGAAUCAGCCAUCACAGAUAUUUCUGAGCAUGAGCGACAAUUUCAGACCAGUCCAGCCUCUCAACAAUCGAUGUAUCCGAACUAAUAUCAACUUUAGUUUACAGGGAAAAGAUUGUCCAAACAAUAGAGCACAGAAACUACAGUAUAGAGUAAAUGAAUGGCUCCUCAAGUAAGUAAGACAGAGCAGGCAGAACCCAUAACCUCAGUGGAAUGCUACUACUGUGAAUUGACAUAAUCUAGAAUGCACCCAACCUCACUCUCUCUGGGUUCGCGGCAGCACGUGCAAAUGUGCUGUAGGAAGAGAGCUGCCAUGUUGGAAAUUCAACUAAAAAUUCAUUCAUAUGAUUGGUGGUAAUUAAAAAAAAACAAAAGUAAAAAGACAGUAUUACAGUAAGUGUGAUUACAAUUUUGAUACAAUUUUCCUGAACUAAUUUAGCUUCACAGACUAAAGACUUUUCAGCCUUUGUACAUAUGAAAUUCUUCCUCUUUUCCCACCCUCCCUCAAAUUAUUAAAAAAAAAGGAAAGAAAAAAGGUGGCUCGGUACAGCAUCAAAGUGGAGUUGUGUUCUGUGUGCCAAGUAACCCUUGGAAAGCUCUCAUUUCACUGUCAUUAAUGGAUACUGACAAGACAGAACAAGACGACUGUAGAGGAAAUAUUUCUAGGUUAUGAUCUUUCUGUUCAUUUAAUUAAAAGAGGGACAGACUUUAAGAGAUAAGUAUUGUAAAUAUAUCACUGCAGAAUAUAAAGGAAAUUGAAAUAUUUCCCUCCUUGUCACAUAUCUGUAGUAGGAUUUGCCAAAAUUAGAAUUGAUCCAUUUUCUGUUUCUUGUUUUACAACAGGUCAUACGUUGUGUUGGUUACUAUUAACAAUUCAAUAAAUGUGUUUAACAAAUUAA